AUGGGGGAGAGGGAGGGAGGUAUUGACCUUGACUUAAAGAAUCGUGGCUUGUGCUUGGGCAAUAGCGAUGAGAUCAGAGAUGUUCAUAAUAGUUUUGCACGUGCUCAGUUUCUUGAAAUGGAGAUCAAAGCACCUGAGAAGGAAGAUAAUUAUCAUUUCAUUACGUAUGUGCCCGUAGAUGGUCACGUUUACGAACUGGAUGGUCUUCGUGAAGCACCAAUUGAUCUGGGCGCAGUCAAUGGAGAAGCUGACUGGUACAGCGCUGGUGAAAUUCAUUUCAAUCUUAUGGCGGUUAUUUCGGAUCGAAAAAUGAAAUAUCAAAAGCGAUUGACCGAAUUAUCUGAGUCAACAAUGGAAACCGAGAGCCGAGAAGAGGAAAUGAAUCAUUUGCAAGCACUGAUUGCUGCCGAAGAAGAAAAAGAGAAGAUAUUUAAAGCUGAAAAUAUUCGUCGAUGUCAUAACUACAUACCGUUUAUUGUGGAGCUACUGAAAAUUCUUGCCAAAGAAGGCAAACUAGUGCCACUUGUGCAGCAGGCGCAAGAAAAAGCAAAUCGUAAAGCUGCCGAGAAAAAAGAAGAAACAAAAGCUAAUGCUUAA